GGGAGUUCGGUAGUCCGCCUGAUGACGGAACGAUGACCGGCUCCAAGAGUCCACCCAUGCCUGAGGUCAGCGCGCCCGCGGACUCCGACUCCAAGAGUCCGCUCAUGCGUCAGGUCAGCGCUCCGGCGGACUCCGAUUCCAAGGAUUCGUUGACGCCGCAGGUCAUGGCGCCGCUGAAUCUCGAGUCCAUGAGUCCCCUGAUGUCGCAGGCUAGUGCGGGCGUGGACUCGGACGCCAAAAGUUUGCGGGGCUCGCAGACCACUGUGCCCGUGGACACUGAGGAGUCCAAGAGUCCGCCCCUCCACACACCGGCGGCCGACCCCAGCUCUCGCUCCGAGGAUGCGGGGAGGAAGGACCCGGCCGUUAACGGCGACGGCGCCGCCGACGUCAAGGGCGAAGAUCCGCCGCAGCCGGCCGGGUCUCUGGACGCCGAGGGCAAGGUGGGAGGCUCCUCGGGAGUCGGCCCAGACCAGGGCAAGGUCGGUGGCAAGACGGCGGCGCUGACGCCGGCCAGACCGCAGAGGCUGAAGGGCGCCGAAGCGCGGGCCAACGCCGUCAAGAUAGAGGAGAAACUCAGGAACUAUCGGGUGAUCUCGGACAACAUUUGGCUGCGGCAGCAGAAGGCCACCAAGCAGCAGAAGGAGACGCGGCGCAUGGUGUGCGACUGUAGCCUCUCGGCGGACGAGAUGGAGCGCGGCGAGCAGGGCUGCGGCGCCGACUGCCUCAACCGGCUGCUCAUGAUCGAAUGCGGUUCGCGGUGUCCGCUGGGGGAGCGCUGCUCCAACAAGCGGUUCGGCCGGCGCCGCUAUUGCCGGACCGAGGUGUUCCGCACCGAGCUGAAGGGCUACGGCCUGCGCGCGCUGCAGGACAUGCCGGCCGGUGCCUUCAUCUACGAGUACGUCGGAGAGGUGCUGGACCUGCGCGAGUUCAGGCGUCGCCGCAAGGAGUACAGCCGCCUGCGGUACCACCAUCAGUACUUCAUGGCCCUGCGUGGCGACACGAUUGUCGACGCCACCGAGCGCGGCAACGACUCGCGCUUCAUCAACCACAGCUGCGACCCCAACUCCGAGACUCAGAAGUGGACGGUGAACGGGGAGCUGCGGAUCGGCUUCUUCACGCAGCGGCCCGUCGCCGCUGGCGAGGAGAUCACAUUCGACUACCAGCUGCGCAGGUACGGUCGACGCGCACAGCGCUGCUUCUGCGGCUCCGCCCAGUGCCGCGGCUGGAUCGGCCGCAAGCCGGACGAGCAGACCACCGAGGAGGAGGAGGAGGAGGAGGAAGAGGAGGACGACGAGGAGAACGAGCCAGAGGCGGAGGAAGGGAAUGAGUACUGUCCGCGCGACGCCGGCCUGCAGCGGCGCAGCGAGCGGGCCAAGCAGCGCCGCGACGCUGCUCAGAGAGAGCUGGCGGUGGAGAUCUCCCGGCUGGUGGCGCGGCUGUUCCUCGACUACCACGGCCUGCGGCUCAUCUGGACGUGGAUGGCGAGCGGCCCGUCCGCGGUCGAGCCGCCCGACGCCGAGGCGCUCAGCCUCCGGCGCGAGGUGCUGCUGACGCUGGCCGUGCUGCCGAUCCCGGACCGGACGGCGCUGCGCGAGAGCCGCGUGCUGGGCGCCGUCGAGCGCUGGGCGCUGGCCAGCCGGCCCAGCACGCCGCCCACGCCCGACACCGACACGCCCAGCGACAACACACCGCCGGAGACGGCCGGCCCGCCCGACCGCGACGCGGCUGAGAUCGCGGAGCUGGCCUCCCAGUUGCUGGGCGCCUGGUCGAUGCUGCAGGACGUGUUCCGUAUUCCCAAGAAGGAGCGACUGCAGCGGAUGCGCGAGCACGAGAAGGAGGCCGACCGCGGCUACCAGACGUACCUGGAGCAGCAGACGCGCGCCAGCUCGCUGCACGCGAAGCGCGGCUACGGCUGCUCGCCGGAGCGGCACAAGCGCGGCAGGGAGUCGCCCGAGCCGGCCGAGCGGCGCGCCAGCAAGUACCGCGCCUUCAGCGACAGUGGCCUCACCACCCAAGAGCGACGCAAGCUCUUCACGCUGGAGGUGCAGCGGGAGGAGGAAGAGGCACGGCGACAGCGCGAGCGGCUGGCGCAGGCGGACGAGCCGCCGACCGAGCCGGAUGAGCCGGCGGACGACCAGCGCCGCCAGCAGGAGCAGCAGCAGGAGCUGUGGAGCGGCCACGAGGAGCGCUGCGCCCUGCUCGGCCUCGACCCGUACCUCACGCCCAUCUUCGACGCUAGCUUUCAGUACUACUGGGAGCCGAGCGCCGGCGCGUGGCAGCCGUACACGCCCGGCGAUCCGGCCGUGCCGCUGAGCAUGGCGGCCGUGGACCUGCUGCAGGCGCAGCAGUACCUGGAGAAGCGGCUGCCGAGCAUGGGCAUCAUGGACCUGCUGCGCGCUCAGGUGUCCGGCAGGUGGGUCCUCGCCGAGGCUUAA